AUGCGAGCCAUAUAUCUUCUCGGAAUAACAUCCUUGCUGGCAUUCUCACGAAGCACUAUUGCUGCAAAAAACUACACUUCCAGAGGUGUUGACCCUCUCUUAUCGGCCUUUGACGAUCGCCCACCACAGUGUCCUCCGUGUUUCAACUGCCAGCUUGAUGCAUUUCAAUGCCACCAGUUCGCCGACUGCAAUAAAUUCACCGGAAAAUGCUCUUGUCCACCUGGAUAUGGUGGCGAUGACUGCUCAACGCCGACAUGCGGCUCACUUGCAGACGGAGUGAAUCGCGGACCGCGACAAGAUAAAUAUUGCGACUGCAACGAUGGCUGGGAAGGCAUCAAUUGCAAUGUCUGCAAAACCGAUGACACGUGUAAUGUGAUGAUGCCGGAUGGAGAAGGUGGUGUAUGUUAUACGCAGGGCCUGACGGUGAAAGAGAACCAUCAGAUGUGCGAUGUUACCAAUCGCAAGAUCCUGGAUCAGCUGAAAGAACGCAAACCGCAAGUGACGUUUUCCUGCAAGGAGGAAGAGGAAGGUGAUAAGACCUGUAACUUUCAAUUUUGGGUGGAUCAGGUCGAAUCAUUCUACUGCGCUCUCGAUUCCUGCAACUGGGGCUUGGACGCCGAAUACGACCGCAAUACGACAAACUACAAAUGCGAGCAUGUCAGAUGCCAAUGUAUACCCGGACGAAUGCUCUGUGGUGAAGCCGGCUCAAUUGAUAUCGGUGACUUUCUUACCGAAGAGAUCAAGGGACCAGCCACCUUCAGUACAGUUUCAACGUCUAGCGGUAAGAACGAUGGCAGCACGUUCAAGGAACCUGCGAUGGAUGAUUUGAUUAAGAGCGUCUUUGGCGAUGAAAGUAUCACUUUGCAAUGUCGCUCAGGUGAAUGUCUCUAUAAGACUGAUGUGCCUGGUUACCAGCGCCCAGUCAAGAAGAUCAAUACUCCACUUAUUGCGGGUGUUAUUGCUGGCUGUUCUCUGUUUGUUGUGGCGGUCAUUCUAGGCAUAUGGUAUAUUUCAAGGCGUGCUGCCUAUCGUGGUUAUGGUGCUAUUCGACUGGAUGAAUCAGAUGACGAAGCCGACAAACUUCUUACUGAUCAGCGCGCUGCUGCUUUACUCUUCGAUCGCGUAUCAUACACGCUCAACGGAAAGCAAAUAUUAUCAGACAUUCAAGGUGUUGCACAACCCGGUGAGAUCACUGCUGUUAUGGGAGCCUCCGGAGCUGGCAAAACUACGUUCUUGGACAUUUUGGCUCGGAAGAAUAAGCGCGGCGUGACCCAGGGUGACUUUUACAUCAACGGAGAGAAGAUUAGUGAUGCCGAGUUCAAAAGUAUGAUUGGUUUUGUCGAUCAAGAAGAUACCAUGCUUCCUACGUUGACUGUCCACGAGACUAUCUUGACUAGCGCUUUGCUGCGACUGCCUAAGGAUAUGAGUCGCAUGGCCAAGGAACAACGAGUUACCGAAGUGGAGAAGCAACUUGGUAUCCAUCAUAUUAAAGAUCAGAUAAUCGGCUCUGAGGAAGGUCAUGGACGUGGUAUUUCCGGUGGAGAGAAGAGAAGAGUGGGUAUCGCCUGCGAACUUGUCACCAGUCCUAGUAUUCUCUUUCUUGAUGAACCUACCAGUGGUUUGGAUGCAUUCAACGCGUUCAAUGUGAUUGAAUGCCUUGUAACGCUGGCCAAGACAUACAACCGAACUGUCAUAUUUACGAUUCAUCAACCACGCUCUAAUAUCGUCGCCCUAUUUGAUCGGUUGAUACUUCUGGCAAAAGGGCGAACUGUGUACUCUGGCCCUUUCUCCUCCUGCCAACGAUACUUUGAUCACAUUGGAUACCCUUGCCCUCCUGGUUUCAACAUUGCCGAUUUCCUGGUUGAUCUGACUAUGCACGCUGGCGGCUCUCAGACGCCAGUUGAAGAUGUCUUCCUGGAUGUGCGAAGAGAUAACCUCAAAACAGCCUCAAGCAGUCUACGCGCAGUGAAGUCAAUUGCCAGCGCGUCUAAUAUCAGCAUUGAAGAGACCGUUAGGCAUACACAAGAGAACUCGUCUCGCCCUAACACGAAACGACAGCCGUCGUUGAAACAACGCCAGGACAAGCAACUGUUCACUCGCCGAAAGGCUGACACGGAAACUCCACCAACACCCAAGACGGAUGAAGAGGACACUGUUACACCUGCAGACAAUUCACAGUGGCUUCGUCUAUCUAAUCACCCUUCUCGCAACGGUGCUGUUUCUCAGGUCAAUGACGACCCUGACCAAGUCCCGCCGCCCGCUUCAGGGACUACCGACUUGGAUGCGCUCGUAGCAAGCUACGCCACAUCGGAUGUAGCUAGCUCUGUGCAUGAGGAAAUCGUGUCUGCAAUAGAUCGCGCAAACGAUGCGAAUGCUACUCCAAAUGCCGAAGUGUUUGGCAACGGACCAGCAAAGGGCUAUGCCCGUAUCGGCCUGCUCCGACAGUUUAUCAUCUUGUCCAAUCGGACCUGGCGCAACCUCUAUCGUAACCCUAUGUUGAUGCUAACUCAUUACGCUAUUUCUAUCCUUCUCGCAGUUCUUUGUGGGUACCUAUUUUACGGACUUACGGACGAUAUUAAGGGAUUCCAAAAUCGUCUUGGAUUGUUCUUCUUUAUUCUCGCUCUUUUCGGUUUCAGUACCUUGACGAGCCUUACUGUAUUCUCGUCUGAGCGUCUACUCUUUGUCCGUGAACGUGCGAACGGAUAUUAUUCGCCUCUUGCAUAUUUCUCUGCAAAAGUCAUAUUUGACAUUGUCCCGCUCCGUCUUAUCCCUCCACUCAUCAUGGGUGUCAUUGUAUACCCUAUGACCGGACUUAUCCCAGCCUGGCCCGAAUUUUCGAGAUUCCUUCUCAUACUGGUUCUUUUCAAUCUGGCCGCUGCCGGAAUCUGUCUCUUUAUUGGAAUUGUCUUCCGCGAUGGUGGCGUGGCCAAUCUCAUUGGAAGUUUGGUUAUGCUAUUCAGUCUGCUAUUUGCCGGUUUACUACUCAACCACGAUGCCAUUCCCCCAGCGGCUAUGUGGUUACAGACUCUAUCAAUCUUCCACUACGGCUUCGAAUCCUUGAUCGUCAACGAAGUCACCUUCCUGACACUGAUCGAUCACAAAUACGGACUCGACAUCGAAGUGCCCGGAGCUUCAAUUCUCAGUGCCUUUGGGUUUGACACCCUUGCUCUAUGGCGGGACGUAGCUGGCUUGGGCAUUAUUUCCGCAAUCUUUAUUGUUCUUGCCUAUGCUGCUAUGCACUUUUUACUUGUAGAAAAGCGAUAAGAGAGAGAGUUUUCCACCUGCAUAUAUUGUCUGUUCUAUUGACAUAUAUUUUAUAUUUUGCAUUUGUUUUGGGUGAUUCUCCAAUGUCAGAUGUCAAGUAUGACAUUGUAUUGAUUGUUUCAUGGGUUUUAUUAGAGUUUGUUCCUUUGGUGCUUUGCUUUGGCGUUGUCAAUCUAUCAUUUUCUGCAUAUU